AUGCCUCCACCGCCUCCCUCGUCCUCCUCGUCGACAGACAAUAAGCGACGGCGCCUCUCGACGCAGCUCUCGCCAACCGGCUUGCGUGGGCCUUCUCCGCGCCCUCACAGCCCCCUGAGCGCUUCGUACGGAUCGAACGGACGAGGUAUGGGGGAGGACGGGGCGGAUGGACUUGGAGCAGCGGAAGGCGGGACACUCGGGUUGGGCAUCGACAGUCGACUACCUGCGCCUUCUACCUCUUCUACGACUCGCCGGGCUUCUCUGAGUGUCGCGAACCCGUUUGUCGCGCCCGCCGCCGAGCCGACCUCGUCCCUCCUCCUUCCUCCGCCUUCACCCACCUCGGCGCUGCAUCCGCCUCAUUCGCACUCGCAUCACCACCAUCCGCACCACCACCACCCUCAUCCUCACGGUACGACUCGAACAGCCGGAGGAGCGGGAGCGGGAGACGCACCUCGUCCUUCGAAGCGGCCGCGCUUGGCGAGCCAAACCUCGAACGAGACGACUAGCAGCGGGACGGGCGCGGCGUCCGUCAAUUGGACGGUUACUCCGCCCGUCGGAAGCGGGUCGAGGGCGAGCGGAUCGAGCGCAGGUAGCGAGCGAGUCGACUCGGGUUCCGUCUCGCCCGGCGACGAGAUCCGGCUCGAGGGAUACCGAGACGUACAGGUCCUCUCGACGCAUUACGACGAUGUCGUCGCGUGUCGGGCGAUCAGUACCGCGCGGGGAGACCAGCGCGUCGCGCUCAAGUUCAGUCUCUCGGGUCGACCCAGCGUCGCGGCGCAGUUCAAGGCCGAAGCGGCGUUGUUGGGAAAGCUGCGCGCAGCGGGGAUUUCGAACAUCACGAAGGUGUUGGCGAGGGAGAACGGGCGGUACGGCUCGAUGCUGGUCGUUGCGAACGACGAAUUCCGCAUGUGGAGCGAGACGUACCACCUCCGCAACCGCCCUCCCGCGCCUUACUGGACCGACCCGACCGCCCUCGUCCGCGCAAUCGAUAACGCAAUCCAACUUGUCCGCCUCAUGGCCUCCAUCCACAAAGUCGGCAUCGUGCACGCCUCGAUCCGACCCACGACCGUCUCCAACUCGAACUUUGGCCAGGUCUACCUGCACGACUUUUCGUGCUCGUUCGCGUCAACUUUGUCGGCUUCGGCGUCGGAGAUCGAGACGACGCCGAUUCGGGAGCGCGGGAUGAAGGAGGAGAGUCUGCCUUACCUCGCGCCUGAAUGCUCGGGGCGGGUUGGCAAGACGGCGGGGUACCAGAGCGACUACUACUCGGUCGGCGCAACCCUCUACGAAGUCUUCACCGGCCAAGUUCCCUUCGUCGACGCGACCGACCCGCUCGAGAUCGUCCAUGCGCACAUCGCCCGCCGUCCGCCUCUCAUGACCGCCGUCGACUCGUCCGUCCCGCACGCCCUCUCGCUCAUCGUCGCCAAACUGCUCGAGAAGAGUCCCGAUGCGCGGUACCAGACCAGUCAGGGAUUGAUCGUCGACCUCGAGCGCGUCAAGGAGCUCGUUGUUGCCUACAGCAGCCCAGAUCCAACGCACGCAAACUUGUCCUCUGCGACUGGAUCGAGCGAGAACGGGCGAUCUGGGUCGGGCAGUGGAGCGGGAGGCCGUGAAGCCUCGCCCGUGAGCGCCUCGACGACCGACUUGGGCCACCUCGGCGCCGACUUUGUCCCCGGCUCGCUCGACGAGGCCGCCUAUUUCCGCCUCCCGCCCGCAUCGAUGCUCUUCGGUCGAGACGAGAGCAUCCGAGCGUUGCGGGACGCGUUUGAGCGCGUCAAGACUAGCACCCAGCCGGCUGUUGUCGUCGUCAAGGGCAACUCGGGCAUUGGCAAGACGAGCUUGAUCGAGACGCUACGAGCGCCGGCGGCGGAGACGCGAGGGCACUUUACGAGCGUCAAGUUCGAUCAGAUCAAGUCGCCCGUCCCCUUUUUCGCCAUCACCCAGUCCCUCUCCGGCCUCUUCCGCCAGCUUCUCUCCGAACCCGAAGCCCAACUCGCCGUGUGGCGCCGCCGCCUCACCCGCGCUCUCGGCAAAGAAGCCCGCGUCAUUGCCGACGUCCUUCCAACGCUCGAGCAGCUGUUCGAGCCGGGAUGGCUCGAAAAACAGCCGCAGGUUCCGGUGCUCAAUCCGCAGGAGAGCGAGGAGCGGUUCAGGGGCGUCGUGCAGAAGGUGCUGAGGGCGUUUGCGAGGGCGGGGAAGCCGCUCGUCGUUGUCUUCGACGACCUGCAGUGGUCGACCCUAUCCGACCUCGUCUUCAUCCGCUCACUCGCCAUGCUAGGCACUGACGAAGGCGAAGACCCGCUCUCGUCCAAGACGGCGUGUCUCAUGCUCCUUCUCUGCGUCUUCCGCGACAAUGAAGUCGGCCCCGAUCACAUCGUCGAGACCGAUUUGCUCGCGAAACUCCCUUCUCCUCCCCUCACCGUCUCGCUUGAACCGCUCAAUGUCGCCAACAUCUCCUCCUUCAUCUCGCAAGCUCUGCGGAACCCCUCCGAGUCCAGCGGCUCGGCGCAUUCACCAUCACGUACCGACCGUGUCGACGCGAGCAUCCAGCGGCUUAGCGAGCUCAUCCUGGAGCGGACAAACGGCUCGCCUCUCUUCGUCGCGCAACUCCUCAAAGCGUUCAACGCCGAGGGCUUGUUCUCGUUCAACUUCUCGCGAGGGGUGUGGGAGUACGACCUCGAUUUGAUCGCGUCCAAGUCCGUGUCGACGAACGUCGUCGAGCUACUCCAGGCGCAGAUGGGCAAGUACCCGGCGCAGACGCAGGCGGCGUUGAAGGUCGCAGCCUGCCUCGGCAACGAGGACCUCAACGCCGUCACGCUCGCCAAGGCCGCCGGUCGGACGCUCGAAGAGAUCUCGCGCGACCUGCAGGACGCGGUCCAGGAGGGCUUGAUGGUGCCGUUCGGCGAGGUACCCGUUGACCCGGAACAAGUUGCGACGCUCGAGGCGCAGGGUAUCGUGCCCGGCUCGCCGAACUUGCGGCGACGACAGUCGGUCACCGAGGGAGGGACGGGCAUCAACAUGGCUGUCGAGCUCCUCCGACCCAAGUUGCAGCGGCGGAAGCAGUCGGUGUUGCAGAAACCGCCCGUCCCGGAGACGUACCGCUUCUUUCACGACCGAUGCCAGCAGGCCGCUUACGCCCUCAUCCCCAAGACGGCCCGAAGCGGGUUGCACUAUACCAUCGGCCAACGCCUCGUCGCCGCGUUCACCGAAGAGGAAAUCAACGACAGCGUCUUCGACCUCGUGCAGCAGCUCGACUACGGCAUGGACAUCCUCGCGACAACCGAAGAACGCGACAAGCUCGCCUUUUACAACUACCUCGCUGGCCGCAAGGCCAACUCGUCUACUGCUUUCGAGGCGGCGCGCAACUACCUCCAGAUCGCGUGGGACCUGCUCGGCGUGGGAGGCUGGGUCGGCCAGUACGACUUGAUGUCGAAGGUCGUCGAACUGCUCGUCAACGUCGAAUACUCCUUGACCGACUACGGCGCAGCGCAGGAGUACGUUCGCGUCUUCCUGCAGCACUCGCGAGACACCGUCGCCAAGCUGCGAGUCUACGCCGUCGCAAUUCGCUGCGCAUCUGCGACUGGUGAUUCGGCCAAGGCCAUCGACGUCGGUCGCGAGGGACUGGCUAUGGCGGGGCAUGUCUUCCCAGAGACGGCGGAGGCAGCCGAAGCCUUGAUUGUGGAGGUUCGCGAGAAGCUGGCGCUGGACGUCGAGACGGUCAAGGAGCAGCGUUUCACGGAGGUCCCGCUUCUUGUCGACCCUAUCGCUGCCGGCUGCCAAGCGAUCCUGGCCGCCCUCGUCCCGCCCGUCUACUUCGUGCGGAUCGACCUGCUCGGCGCCCUCUCCUCCUUGUCUCUUCGCAUCGCCGUGGAGAACGGUUACAACGACGCUGGCGCCUUCUGUCUCACGCUUCACGCCAUCCUCGUCCGGUCCAAGUUCGGACAAGAGCGCGAAAGUCUCGCAUACGGCAAGGCGGCCAUCUCCUUCUUCGAGAAGCAUGGCGGCUCGCCUCUCGCCUGUCCGACGUACAAGGUCUUCUCGAGCCACGUCGCCGUCUGGUCGACGCCCUUCGAAGACGUCUUUGCCACCUUCCGUCAAGCGGUCUCGUACGGCAUCGAGUACCGGGACGCCGAGUACCUGGGCUUCGGUUGCGGAGAGCUCUGCUCGUACAGCUUGCUGGCAGGCGUUUCGCUUUCCGAGAUCGGCAGCAACAUCGAGCGCUACGCUGUCCUCGUCCGCAAGUUCCGCCACGAGUUGAGCACGACCUACAUCGGUGUCGUCCAGCAGGCUGUCCUCUGCCUCCUCGGCCGUGCCGCCGACCCGCUUGAGCUCGACGGGGAAGCGUUCAGCCUUGACGACUAUCAUGUCUGCCAAGAGCGACGCUAUUCGCUCACCAUCCUGCUCUUCCACAUGCUCCGACUCAUGAUUGCCAUCUUCUUCGGCGACUCGACUCGUGCGAACGAAUCCAUCGCGAUCGGUCGCAACCACCUGUCCGGCGGUCAAGGCCUCAUCUACCCAGCCUUCUUCCAGCUCUUCGAGGCUGUCGCGCUCUACGAGCAAUACGACGCCCUUUCGUCGGAACAGCGCGACCACGUCCGCGAAGCGCACGUCCUUCUGGAUGACCUCGCGAAAGGCCAGCCCGACAACUUCCUGCCGCUCAAGCUCAUGCUCGACGCCGAGCAGAAGCGCGUGAGCGGACCGGCAGUCGAGGCGCUCCAGCUCUAUGACGAAGCAAUCGCGGCCGCGACGGCGCAGCGGAUGGUCCACCUCGCAGCCUGCAUGAACGAGCGUGCAGCAUCUUACCUGGGCAACGUGAAGCUGAGAGCCGGCUACCUCAUCGAAGCCCACGCGCUUUGGGCCGCCUGGGGCUGCGCGCCGAAGGUUUCGAAAAUGGAGGCCGACUAUCCGCUCGUCUUCCCGGCCAGACCGGUCCUGCCGUCUGCGCACCAGCCUAUACCGGCGAACACGCCUCCGCUCAGCACCGACCUGGCGCAGGCGGGAGAGCUCGGCGACGCGAGUACCAAGGGUUCCUCCUCGACAGAUUCGACCGAGCAGGCUAUCGGUUCAGCCUCGUCGAGGGCUGCGGAGGAGAUUCACUCGCUGCACAGCUGGAUGAACGAGGCCAAGGUCCAGCGCCGCCCUUCGACCGGCUCGCACGAUUCGCAUUCGCAUUCGCAUUCUGAGCACCACGACGCCGACAUGGUUAGCCACUCGAGAAGUAUCGAUCACUCCGACAUUUACGCCCGCUCGCAACUCGCGACCGAACUCGAUUUGCGGACGAUCGUCACGGCCUCCAGCGUCAUCUCGGGCGAACUGUCGGUCGACGGCGUCGUGUCCAAGCUCCUGAACCUCACAUUGCGAACCGCCGGCGCCGAGAUGUGCCUCCUGGUGCUUGACAAGAACGGAACGCUGUGUGCCGAGGCGAUCGCGAGGUCCGAGUCGAGCGAAGUCCAGCACUUGCGCCGUACCGACGCGAUCGACUCGCAGCCUGAACGCUACCCCUGCGCUGUGCUGAACUAUGUCGCGCGCUCCAAGGAAAUGGUGGUCAACACGCUUGACGCGUUGGGAGAGUCGGUUCAAGACCCUUACCUCCAGGCGCGCAAGCCGAAGUCGAUCUUGUGUCUCGCCCUCGCGUCCCAGCAGCGCAUCAUCGGCGUCCUCUACCUCGAGAACUCGCAGACAACGACCGCCUUUACGCCUGACCGGCUCGAGAUCCUUUCGCUCAUAUCCGGCCAAGCCGCGUCCACGAUCGAGAAGGCUCGACUCGUGCAAGACCUCAAGAAGACGAACCAGGACCUCCAGCGAUCGCAGGCGGCGCUCGAGGCGUCAAACCGCAACCUCGAGACCAAGAUCGCCGACCGUACGCUCGAGCUGCGGCAUAACAACGCGCUCUUGCAGGCCGAGGUUGCGGAGAAGGAGCGAGCGCAGGCUGAGAUGCGGCAUGCGAAGGAGAUCGCGGAGAGCGCGACGGCGAUGAAGUCGCAGUUCCUCGCCAACAUGAGCCACGAGAUUCGGACGCCGUUCAACGCCGUCGUCGCCCUUUCGAGUCUGCUGCUCGAGACGCAACUCACGCCGGUUCAGACCGACUACGUCGAGACGAUCAAGAACAGCUCGCAGGAGCUCCUAGUCGUCAUCAACGACAUUCUCGACUACAGCAAGAUUGAGCUCGACCACCUCGAGCUGACGUACGAGCCGGUCCAUCUUCGCGCAGUCAUCGAGUCGUCGAUGGACAUGGUCGCCGAACGGGCAGCGACGAAAUCGGUCGAGCUUGCUCUGCUCAUCGAAGAAGGCGACAUCUACAUCAUGGGCGACCUCGCUCGCCUUCGACAAAUCAUCGUCAACCUCCUCUCGAACGCCGUCAAGUUCUGCUCGGACGGCGAGAUUACCGUCACAGCAUCCUCGCGCCCAGCCGACCCCGACGAGAAAGGGCAGCAGCGCCGAUUGUGCAGCAUCAGCGUCAAGGACACAGGCAUCGGCAUCGCCAAGGAAAACUUUGGCCGGCUCUUCCGCGUCUUCUCGCAGGCGGAGGGCGCCGAGACGUCUCGCAACUUCGGCGGUACCGGACUCGGGCUCGCCAUCAGUCGCAAGCUGGCUCGCCUGAUGGACGGCGACCUGACUGUCGAAUCAGAGCUCGGCGUCGGGUCGACCUUCACGGUGGUGUGGCUUGCGCCUGCAUCGUCCGCCCCCGAAAAGGACCCCUACGCCCGCAACGCCAACCGCGACCUCAUCGGCAAGCGCGCUCUCAUCGUCGACGCCAACGCGACGAGCCGCAUGGUCCUCUCGCAGCUCCUCACCUCCUUCGGGCUCCUUCCAGAAGCCCCUGCCGAGCACAACAACGCCUUCUCCAUGGCGAACGAUGCCGCUCAGAAGAAGCGACCGUACGACCUCGUCAUUGUCGACGCUUUUCUCCCUUCCUUCGCCGCGCAGACCCUACUCCGCCGCCUGCGCCAGAAGGGCCUCGACUCGCCCGCCAUCGCCCUUACUCGCAUGGGCUCUCCUAUCUACGAAGAGAUGCGCCAGCUCGACUGCAAGUUCCUCAUCAAGCCCAUUAAGCGGAACCGUCUCCAUCACACCCUUCGCCUCGUCUUUCCCGCCGGCGAAUCGUCUCGCGUAUCGUCACCUGCGCCGGGCAGUCCCGCCUUCCCGACCAACCUUGCGACGAGGAAUCCACUCGCAAUUCUCGUUGCCGAGGACAACCCGAUCAACGUCAAGGUCAUCAGCCACCUGCUCAAGCGGAUGGGCUAUUCGUGCGAUGUCGCCGAAGAUGGUCUCGCCGCUGUCGAGAAGGCGCAGCGCAAGCGCUACGACCUGAUCCUGAUGGACCUCAACAUGCCUCGCAUGGAUGGGCUGACGGCGACGAGGAGGAUCAUCGAGCUCAUGCCGGAUCCAGUGCAACGACCCUCCAUUGUCUGCUUGACCGCCAAUGCGAUGGCGGAAGAUCGUCAGAAAUGCCUCGACGCCGGCGCCGACGGUUACGUCUCGAAACCCAUCCUCGUCCCCGAGCUCGUCUCGGCGCUCAACAGCUCCAGUGCGAAACGAGCCGCCUCGUACGGUCCCUCGCCCGUCCCUCCCCCUCCUUCCUCCGGCUCCGGCCUCCCCUUCGAGCUCGAACUCCCAACCUCUCGACUCGGUCGCGGCAGUCGAAAGAACUCGUCUGGCUCGAAUCGGAGCACAAGCUCGAAAGGGACUCGCAGCGGGCCGCCGAGUCCGAGUCCUGAGCCUGCGAGCAACCACGGAAACGGGGUACCCAAGGUUUCGAGUCCGGGAGGGACGGUCUCGCAUGCAUCGGCGGCCGUGAUGGCGCCUUCGGGGUUGCACAAAAUCGCCAAGGAGCUCGAGGCGGAGAGGGCAAGGUCGUCGCCUGCUUCGAGCGACCCGAAGUCGCCUGAGCCAGGUUCGGCGAGUGCAGCGCAGGCGAGUCCGCCACCGCGCGACUCAAUGGAUCAGUCGGAGGCGUGA